CGCCAUGGCGGGCAACGGCGCCGGGGCCGAGCCGGUGCGCAGCGAGCAGAGCCCGGCCCGCCCCUCCCGCGGCCUCGGCCCCUUGCCCGGGCGUGUCCCCGGUAGCAGCCCCUCUCCCCCGCAGCUCCGCCGCCCGGGCCUGCCGCCGCCCCGCCGCGACCGCUUCGUGUGCCACAGGGGCUCUGGCGAUGAUAAGGAGGAGGACGAUGAGAGGGAGGACAGAGCGACCCUGGCCGAAGCCUCCCUGCUGAACAAGCUGAUCCACACCUCCCUGGUGGAGUCCAGCCACAGCGUGGAGAUCCUGCAGCAGGACCCUCGCUCCCCACUCUUCUCCAUCAAAACCUUUGAGGAGCUGACCCUGAAGAAGGAGCUUCUGGAAGGGAUUUAUGCCAUGGGCUUCAACAGGCCCUCCAAAAUCCAGGGCACGGCGCUGCCCAUCAUGCUGGCGUACCCGCCCCAAAAUCUGAUUGCCCAGAGCCAGUCAGGGACAGGGAAAACAGCAGCGUUCGCCCUGGCGAUGCUGAGCAGAGUUAAUGCCACUGAGAAGCACCCACAGUGCCUCUGCUUGGCUCCCACCUACGAGCUGGCCCUGCAGAUUGGGCAGGUGAUCGAGAAGAUUGGGCUGUUCUGCACCGACAUCAGAGUGACCUAUGCCAUCCGGGGCAACCGCGUCCGGCAGGGCAGAGUGUCCAAGGAGCAGAUAGUGGUGGGCACGCCGGGCACCGUGCUGGACUGGUGCUUCAAGCUGAAGGUGGUGGACCUGAGCCAGAUCAGGCUGUUCGUGCUGGACGAGGCUGACAUCAUGAUCGACACCCAGAACCUCUCCCAACAGAGCAUCCGCGUCCAGAGGGCUUUGCCCAAGACCUGCCAGCUGCUGCUCUUCUCGGCCACCUUCAGGGAGCGGGUGAGGGCCUUCGCCAGGCAGAUCGUGGCCAACCCCAUCGUGAUAAAGCUGCGUGAGGAGGAGCUGACCCUCACCAACAUCAGGCAGUACUUCAUGGUCUGCCACAGCAGGGAGCACAAGUACAGAGCCCUCUGCAACAUCUAUGGCAGCAUCACCAUCGGCCAGGCUAUGAUCUUCUGCCAGGUAGAGCCCCUCAGCCUGCCCAGGGAGAUCCUCACACGACUGCUUGGUACCCAUGAGGAAUCCUGCUGCUGCCUGUGCCCAGACCCGCAAGAGCGCAGAGUGGCUGGCAGCAGAGAUGUGCCAGGACGGGCACCAGGUGGGCAUCCUGACCGGGGACCUGACGGUGGCGCAGAGAGCCAGCACCAUCCAGCGCUUCCGCGACGGGCAGGAGAAGGUCCUCAUCGUCACCAACAUCUGCGCCAGAGGCAUCGACGUGCAGCAGGUGACUGUGGUGGUGAACUUCAGCCUGCCCAUGGACGGGAAGAGGGAGCCGGAGCUGGAGACCUACCUGCACCGCAUCGGGCGCACCGGGCGCUUCGGCAAGCAGGGCAUCGCCUUCAGCAUGCUGGAGCAGGAGGAGCUCUGGGUCAUCCAGGUGAUAGAGAAGCACUUCCACACCAAGAUCAAGCAGCUGGACCCAGACGACAUGGAGGAGCUGGAGGAGCUGGAAUACUGAGUGAGGAGCUGGGAUGUGUUUCCAGGGUCCCAGUGCUGCUUCAGAAUGGAAGAAACAGUUCCCAGAGAAGUCGCCCAGUUCUCUUUUGGUUGGUUACUUUUAGCUGUUUGCUUUUGUUGUGAUGUUGCAGAAGGUAGGUGGGGGAGAACCUCAACGCCCCCAGUUGUUAUCCUUGAUGUUGUUCCUGGAUCUCUCUCUGAGGUUUUGAGGUUUGAGCCUUCCCCCCGAGGGGUUUAAGCUGAGGUCAGGCUCCCCGCGAAUGGGUGAAGAGAUCUGAAAAUGUGGGGACCGUUCUCUAGCGGGCCCCAGGCCUGGGCGAGCUGUCUCCAGGCGUGGGAGAAGCUGUGGCAAGGGCAGCGGCGGGGGCGCAGCGGCCGCUAGGUGGCAGUGCGGGGCCGCCGCCGCCCGCCCCACGCCUGCCCAAGCGCCGUGCGCAGGGCACAGGUUGGGGCUGGCCUGGGCCACUUGUCCCCAGCCCCGGGGUGGCUUUGUGCCUUGGGGCUUCUUCCCUCCGCUGGCGCCCAGAAAGUCUCCAAUAAAAGGGAUUCGUUUCUUUUACUUCA